GCUCUCCUGGUUCAUCAUUCAACCGUCAACUUUUUGGGUGACAGUCAAAGAAACAAUUGAACAAAAUGUUUCAUCAAGUAGCGGGUUUUGUUUUCUUAUUGGCCAGUGUGUCGGGGGCUCCCCCGCCGUCUCCUACUGGGGUGGUUCCGCUGGAGAAAGAUCACACAACUGUGAUACCAAUUCUUUCUCAGUCCGAGGAAGUUGAGGCAAACGGAACUUUCAAGUUUAGCUACGAGACUGGCAACGGUAUCAAAUGGGAGGAGGAGUCCUACAACAAAGUGCUGCCAAAAGUGGAGGCGCGCUCCGGCGGCAGCGGUGAAGAGAAUGACAGCUCGAGUGAUGAGAUCCACGUGCAGCGCGGGUCGUACUCCUACACUGCUCCUGACGGCACGCUCAUCAGCCUGAGUUACAUUGCCGACGAAAACGGCUUCCAACCCGUUGGCUCCCACAUUCCGACCCCGCCGUCUCCGCUCAGCUUCUCAUUCGGAACUAAGGACAAGUCUGGACGCGCUCUGAAGGCCUCCGACAGUGCCAGCGCCCCGUCAGCCCCAGUGGCCAUCACCAAGGCUGCACCAAAGCCGACAAAGGAAGCAUCUAAGCCAGCCUCAAGCGCUGUAGCGCCAACUGGAACUGCUGAAGUGUCCACUACAGAGGCCGCGAGUGCAGAGUCUUCGACCACUGCAGCGACUAAAGCUGAUGAACCAACAACGGCAGCUGUUUCCACUGAGUCUUCUUCUUCCAGCUCAGCUGAGGAAAGUUCGUCUACUACUUCCGCGCCAGCUGCAUCUACAACCGAAGCUGAAGUAACGUCUACUACGACAGCUUAAAACGACUUUUAUUGUAAAGUUGACUAAGGAGGUUGUGGUAAUGCAUCAAACAAUAAUAAACGCUUUAAUUAAAUAAAAAAAACUAUUUGCCAUGUGAUAUCCAUAUUUUAUAAGUCUAUUUAUAAAUAAAACACAAAAAAAACGUUU